GUGUAGAAAGAUUACUAGUCCUCAUAGUUGACUGACCUUCCUGGAAAUCACUGUUAAUUUCUAAAUUUGUGGAAUGCUCCUUUCUACUAAUACAAUUCGUUUUCUUUUUGCCACAAACUGAAAAAAAAAAACCAUGGAAACGAAACCUUCAAACUGGCAUUACUUGGUUACCUUUUGUUUCCUUGGUGUAUUGAUCUCAAUGACAUCUGCAACUAUACAGCACUUUCAAAGACCAGUUUAUAUUGAUAAUAUCAGGUUCAGUGAUGACACUAUUUGUCGACCACUUACAAGUGAAGGUGGCAUGCAUGGGUUUGAUAUGCUUUCACAAUUCCAGCUAGAGACGGCUUAUGUGAAUGGAAUUAUUCAAAAGAUACCUGGAUCAGCAUCUCAGCUAUUGGCAUACAAAAUUGGACACACUGCAGACUUCAGGAUCCCAGCCAGGGCUGCAUUCCCUAGAGGAUUUCCAAGCGAGUAUUCCUUUGUGACAACCUUUCGGAUGCCUGUUGCAACGAUUAAUACUCACUGGACCCUCUGGAUGAUCAUCGAUUCAUUUGGAAAUGAAGAAGUAGGAGUGCGGCUUAAUGGUCGGACAAAGUCUCUGGAGUUUUUUUAUAGAGGAUUGAAUGGGCGUCUUCAGACAAAAACAUUCCCGUAUUUGCAAUUUUUGUAUGACAACGAGUGGCAUAAACUUAUAAUCAGUGUGACAAAAGACUCAGUUACCUUGUCUGUUGAUUGUAUUACAAUAGACACUUUGAAGACAACUAAAAAAGCAAAUGUUAAACUUGACGGUUUUGCUGUACUAGGAAAACUGAAGGAUACUCUUUGGAUUUCAGUGCCGUUCUAUGUGCAGAAAAUGCUGAUCAUCUGUGAUGCUGGAUUACUUGGCAAGGAGACCUGCAAAGAACUUUCAGCUAGAGCAUCAGUUGGAGAAACUGUUGUACUGGAGGUACCUCUACCUGGCCCUCCAGGUCCCCCCGGCCCUAGUGGAGUCCCUGGCAUAGAUGGCAUAGAUGGGGAGAGAGGUGAUACUGGCGAUGUAGGACCACCGGGCCCGGAUGGUGAACUUGGCCCCCCUGGAGCACCUGGAUUGCCGGGAGAUGCUGGAGCUGAAGGAUUAACUGGCCCAAUUGGAGACCGUGGACCUGCAGGCCCAAAAGGGCAAAAGGGUGAACCUGGACCACUUGGGCCUCCUGGAUCUGGACCCUCUGGACAACGUGGGCCUUCUGGACUUCCAGGACCUCCUGGUCUUCCUGGAGAAUUGGGCCUGCUGGGACCUUUGGGUGACAUUGGAGCUGUUGGACAACCUGGCCCCCCAGGGCCUCCUGGACCCAGGGGGAGAACUGCAAGCCAUGAUGGAGAACUGUGUGCUGGUGCAUGCCCUCCCGGACUCCCGGGACAUCCUGGCCUUCCAGGAAUGAAGGGUCACAAAGGUGUAAAAGGAGAACCAGGUGAACCAGGAAAGCAGGGCCACAAGGGUGAGGAAGGUGAGCAAGGAGGCCUAGGUGAACCAGGAGCCCAAGGCCCACCGGGUCCUCAAGGAUUACGAGGUAUUACUGGUAUGACAGGACCUAAAGGAGACAGAGGUGGUCGUGGACUUGAUGGUGGUCCUGGACCUCAAGGUCGUCAAGGGUCAACUGGUGACCAAGGACAGAGAGGAGCCUUAGGCGAGGGUGGCCCAAAGGGAGAACGUGGCGCACAAGGUCCUAGAGGUCUUACUGGUCUUCCCGGAGGAAAAGGAGAAACUGGCUUACCAGGAGUUGAUGGUCGUGAAGGAAUCCCAGGACUUCCAGGUGGAAAGGGAGAACCUGGCAAAGCUGGUGCUCCUGGUGAAGCAGGAAUUCAAGGAUUACCGGGAUUACCAGGACUACCAGGUCCAAAGGGUUUUAGUGGUGAGAAGGGCAGUGCUGGUACUCCUGGUAUACCUGGAUCAAUGGGAUCUCCUGGGAAGCAGGGUGAAAGAGGUGUUCAGGGAGAAGUUGGACCAAUUGGACCUAUAGGACAACCUGGUGACCGAGGUGAGGCAGGUCCUGUUGGCCCUCCUGGACCGCCAGGUCCUUUGGGUCCUAAAGGAGAUACAGGACUCCCAGGACUUCCUGGGCCACCUGGCCUUCCUGGUGUUAAAGGUGACAGGGGUUCUGUUGGAGAGACUGGCCCCAAAGGCGAAAUUGGUUCACAUGGUGCAGAAGGAACUCCAGGUGACAGGGGUGAUCUAGGAGAUCAAGGUGAACCUGGUCCUAAAGGAGCUUCUGGAAAGCCAGGAGAACCUGGAUCUCGUGGACCUGAAGGAAGCCGUGGGCAGACUGGCAUAGAAGGACCCCAAGGCUCUCCUGGACCACGGGGAAUGCAAGGCGAGCCAGGUCUCCCUGGGAUUCCUGGAAGACAGGGUCCAGCAGGCAAAGAACCAAGUGACCAGCAUGUUCGACAGGUGUGCAUGAGAGUUAUGCAAGAACAACUGGCCCAGCUAGCAGCAAGCCUGAGAAGACCAGAAUCUGGAGCUAUGGGUCUCCCAGGACGUCCAGGACCUCCAGGUCCUCCUGGUCCACCAGGAGACAAUGGUUUCCCAGGACAGCUUGGGCCUCGUGGUCUUCCUGGCCUUAAAGGGCCUCCAGGAGAGAUUGGCUUUAAAGGUCCUAAAGGUGAGAUGGGUGAAAAAGGAGAGAGAGGACUGAUAGGCAGGGGACCCAAGGGUCAACCUGGCCCGCCAGGCCUUCCAGGUGAACCUGGCAAACACAGCUAUGGAAGAGACGGACGUGAUGGUGAGAGGGGCCCACCAGGAAAAGCUGGACAGCCUGGAAUACCAGGUCCCCCUGGCUCUUCAGGUACUCCUGGAUACUGUGACCCUUCAGCCUGCAAUCUGCAAGCAAUUGCUGCACCCCCAUCCCUUAAGGACAACACAAAAGGGCCAUGAACAUACAGUCCAUAGGUUCUAACCUCACAAUUACAGGACAUUCUGAAAUGGAAACCUGAAAAAACUGAAUAUGGAAUUUACCAACCAAGGCAGUUAAACCUGAUUAUCUACAUACUAUAUUUUUAUAAGUGUUUUGUAAAACAUUUUGUAACAGACAGCCCACAUUACAGCCAAUGGUGCUCAAUAACUAUACAGGAAGACCUCUUUUCAAUCGAUUACGCUCAGGUAUGAGGAGCUGACGUAACUUAGCAAACCAUUUGAAUUAGACUGACCCAUGCCUACUGUUAUGUAAAUCACUGUAAAUUUCCCUGAAACAAGGAAAAAUAAAAUAGGACAGGAUGACACCAUGCAUUGAUUGUGGUUCUUACAUUUUCUGCAGUCCAUUGUAAUUCCAUGGAAGUAGUCUGCCUGAUUAAGUCUGCUGUUACAUUUCUUACCUAUGUACUGUUUUGUAUAUUGUAUGAUAAUAUGACAAGAUUAGAAUGAUAUUCAUUUGCACAGCGUUUACUGCAAGGCCAUUUAUGUAAAAAAAAUGAAUUACCAGUAAAUGAUAUCAUGCAGACCUUUUUAAAUGCGCAGUUCCUGGAUGCCCAUGAAAAGUUCCUUGAGAAACUGGUUUAAGAGAGCUCUGUGCUCUGCUGCAGUCUAUGAACAUCCUUUAUUGUUAUUCUUUUUGAGUUGUCUCAUAAGCCACUGCAUAACAAGAUCUUUUCAAUGUCCAAGAGUCAAUAACUGUUUAUCAGAUAGAUUAUUUAUUGUGAAUCUACAUUGUGGCAUAUUCUGGUUGUAAAAUAAAAUGGAUAGGAAAUAAAAACAUUUUUAACUUCUUGUA